AGAUCAGAGACUCUCAUAUAUGCGAGCACAAGCAGCGCUCAACUCGCACACCGUUACAGAUAGUAAGCACUGGGCUGGAAACCUUUCGCCAUCCUCGAUCAUUUCACCUCGGGUCGCCAAAACACGAAGAUUAAUUAUGUAAACUUUCAUGGUGGAUUUGGAAAUGACGCGUUCAAGUCAAGAAGACACCCCCGAUCAACACUGAACGAAGAAUAGUGUACAAACUUCAGUUUUGGGAUUGUUUCAUGUUAUUAACUGAAUAAUUUACGAUUUAGUGAUCUUGGUUGAGACGUUUAUAUUAGUACAAAUAAUCUAAAUAACUUUUUUUAUUAGAUGUUGCAAAAUUUUAUGUUAUAAUUCAAACCGUUUAUGACGGGUUUUGAACCUGUAAUUUAGUUAUUUAAUUAUUAAUGUUCCAUGAAAGCAUAGCAAAUUGGAAAUACAUAGGUAGUGACUGGUUUAGACUGUAAAUAAUAAUUAAUCCAGCGACAUUAUAGAUAUAGAGCUAUCGUUUUUCGACUUUUAAAAUUAGCCCUAUCCUUGAUUUGUAAAAUGCGCUAUGCAUCUGGAAAUGCUUUCAGUUUUAUGGACAAGAUUUGCGCUCUGGUGGUGCUGCUGUGUUUCCUGCACAUCUCUGUCGUUCUCGUAUACUAUAUCAGAAAUGCAGAUUCAAGUCAAACCUUGAAAACCACAAACCUGCAAAACCACCAGAUCCACAGAAAACUGACCGAGCAGGGGGUCACUACAGAGGAAACCAAGCCGCCUUCUGUGUCUAAUGACACUGAGACGGAGAGAAAGCUGGAAACCUGUCCUGACAAUCCACCAAAUCUGGUGGGUCCACUUCGCAUUGAGUUCUCUGACCUAGUCACCCUGGACCUGGUGAGGGAGCAGAACCCAGCAUUGCAGCCCGGUGGGCGAUUUAAACCCCAAGACUGCAUUGCCCAGCAAAAGGUGGCCAUGAUCAUUCCCUUCAGGAACCGUGAUGAGCACCUAAAGUUUUGGCUCUAUUACAUGCAUCCCAUCCUACAGAACCAGCAACUGGACUACGGAAUUUACAUCAUCAUCCAGGAUGGAGAUGAUGCGUUCAAUCGUGCCAAACUCCUCAACAUCGGUUAUGCAGAGGCUCUGAAGGAGUACGACUACCAAUGUUUUGUCUUCAGUGAUGUUGAUCUCAUUCCCAUGGAUGAUCGCAACAUCUACAAGUGCUUCAGUCAGCCCAGGCAUCUGUCUGUAUCGAUGGACAAGUUUGGCUUCAGGUUGCCGUACGCAACGUUCUUUGGAGGUGUGUCAUCUCUGAGCAAGGAACAGUAUCUCAAUAUCAAUGGCUUCCCGAACAACUACUGGGGCUGGGGAGGAGAAGAUGAUGACAUCUUUAACAGGAUUAGCAUCAAAGGGAUGUCCAUAUCAAGGCCUGAUGGGAUGAUUGGGAGGUGUAGAAUGAUUCGUCACGGUCGGGACAAACUAAACGACCCCAAUCCUCAGAGGUUUGACCAAAUAGCUCACACAAGGCAAACAAUGGGACAAGAUGGAAUCAGUUCACUGUCUUAUAAGAUUCUUAAUGUGGAAAAAGACCAGCUAUUCACCAAAAUCACAGUGGAUGUAGGAAAACCAUGAUUUCCUGAGUUUAUACCAACAAAAAACAGUGAAAUGGCAAGGCUGGCUGUAGACACAAUGUCUAAUAUAUAUAUAUAUAUAUAUUAUUUAAAAGUGUAGCAAUUUUUGCCAACUUUGCAUAUUUGAUGGUGAAAACAGGGGUCCGAACCCCAGUUAAAAAGAGACAAAUGAGGGUCUUUGAUGCUUCUGAGAAAAGAAUGUCUCUUGAGCCAUUUGACAAAAGUAGCAUACAAAUUGCUGAUGCAAAUGUUCUUUUGGUGGGACAUGUAAACAAUGUGAGUUGCGGUGUAUGGAAUUAUUUAUUUCUCUAGAAUCAUAGUUUGUGUCUUCAAAAGUGAAUGUUUGAUGGAGUGAUUCUGCUAAUCUGCAAUGCAAAACAAAUUGAGACGAAUGCCAAUUAAAGGCUGAGGAUUUUUUUUUAGGUGUGUCUAUGAUCAUGUACCAGCAAACUGCCAUUUUUGGCCUGUCACUUUUUUUUUUUUUUCCUCUUUUCAUAUUUGUUUAUUCCAUUUCUGUACCAGGUAUAUGUACUUUAAAAAGCCGCCUUCUUCCAAGAGUUUUUAAAACAAAAUGAACCAAUAUCCUGUUUACUGAAGCACCAAAGUGGCAGUCAUGCAUUAUUAUAUCUUAAGUGGCAAGAAAUGACCCCUUCUUUUUGGUGUUAAAAAGAAUUUAGAAUUCUGUUAUCAUUUACUCAUCCUUAUUUUUUUUUUCCAAACCUGUACGACUUUCUUUCUCCUAUAGAACACAAAAUGAUGGUGUUUUUCUCAUGCAAUUAUAAAUGGGGACUGGAGCUUUCAGACCUCCAAACAGAUGCAAAAGCACCUUAAAAGUUUCCAUACGAAUCAUGUAAUUAAUAUAUAAAUCUUCUGGAGCCAUUUUAUAGAUCUGUGAGGAAUAGACUGAAAUGUAAGCAUAUAAGUCGUGGCUUUUUUUGUAGUUGUGUGGGGAAAGAAAACUAGUACAUUCUUCAGAAUUAUACCUUUUGUGUUCCACAGAAGAAAAAAAAAAAGUCCGGUUAAAUAUGGAUUUCGAUGAUGGGAGGGUGAGUAAAUGAUGACAGAAUUUGUAUUUUUUUUUUGGUGAACUAUUCCUUUAAUAUCUUUGCUGUAUAUUUUAUCUAACAAAUCAAAUGCAGCACUUUUCAGGUUAAGGUUUCUGGUUUGUUCUGUUCUCUGUUGUUGUUAUUUAUUGCAUAGUGAAAUUCUCAGAUAUAUGCCAAAUGCAUAAGGGCACAAGUAUAUCCCAGCUCUCCAUUGUAAUGGAAACAGAAAGCCAUUGAGACAUUUUCUUGACUGACUUGAUGAUUCUUGUAUUUUCUUUUUCUUUUGUGUGUUGGUCUGCUUUUUAAAUUCUUCAUUUUAACAAAGAAAACAAGUUUGAUUAUGAUUGUAAAACCUGUCAGUAGAAACCAAAAAUGCCUUUCAGCUCUGUAAGGUGAUGAAGUGCUGGCCAAGUAAAUGAAUGUAUGUCAGCUGUUUGCUCAAGUGCUUUUCAAGAUGUUGACUAGCUACCCAUGUACAGAAUAUGUAAGUCGCACAGCCAAAGGCGAGGGAUUUUUUUUUUUUCCUAUGUGCUGAACAAUCCAAAAGACCCAUACAUUUUCUUUCCAGCUUCAAAACUCUCCCAUGACUAAUAAAACCUCUCUUGCACCAGAAAGAGUACUACCUCUCUGCACGGCACAGCACUCGCAAACCAGGGGAUUAGUGCUAAUGCUGUCUCUUCAUUCAAGUCAAACCUAAUGUUUUGACAAACGAUCUUUUGUUUUUCUUAGGUCAGGUUUGGACAAUGGUCUUUGUUUGAGAACAGCACAUACUUGAGUUUCAAGUUUUUUUUUUUUCCCCCAACAUUUUGUUUGACCUGUGUUCUCUAAGUUUGUUUAGACUACGUGUGUUUGUGUGUGUUUCAUUUUGACUCCUCUGUCCCUGGGUUUCUUCAAAGUAAUGCAGUGAUCAAUGAGCAUAAUUGAAAUAAUUUGAUUGGAUCUUGUCUUCACUGUGUUUUGAAAUUAAAGACAGUAACAUGACCUGUUUAGCUAAAGGCAAUCAUCAUGUUCCAUGGCCUUUUCAGCAGGACUAAUGCUCACAAGAGAGCCAAUUGGCCAUUUUAACUUCCCAUGCACUCAAACCAGUUAACUAUUACCUAACCUCCAGCUAAUGGUUAAUUCAGAUGGAUGGAUGGAUGGACAGGUAGAUAGUUAGGUUGGUUGAUUGAAAAUGUAAUUCUCAUACACCCAAACUCCUGUAUUGUUUCAUUUGCUUUACUCUUAUUCUAAAUUGUGGAAAGUCCUUCUCCAUUAGGAUGUCUAUUAUGUUGGCUUGAUGAAUACGGUUAUUCUACAAACUUCAUAAAAAUCCUUAAACCUAGACUAGCUUUCAAACUACAUCCACCCAACUCAGCACUGACCUACAGACUGUUCUGUGCGCUGACUAGUGUGCUGUGUCUUGAUUAACUGAGCGGACUUGUGGUAUUUGCACAGCGGAUGAUCAAAAAUUGGGAAGAAACAUAGACUUCAAACAAGCCAACGAAAAGCUAAUUAAUUCCAAGUCCAACUGUCAAAAAUUCAAAUGUAAACAAUCCCACCAAAGGCCGUUGAUCUACUUGAGGUGCUCUUCAGCUAGCAGGUUGUUUGUGUUCCUGUAGUGUCUGAAUAGCCAUCAAACUUCUAACUUUUAAACCUAGUGUAAACAUUCAGACAAGGCUUUAUCAAGCCAAUAUCAACAUUUGUCUUAGUAGAUUUUACUGCUCUAGUGACCUGGUUCUAGCUAAAAGAUUCUAAAUGCAGGUAUGAAAAGUUAACUCUGUACAAACCAAACCGCAAAUGUCAAUAAUAAAAAAAUUAUAAAAUUGAAAUUAGGAAGAAGGAACUGGUAAUUAGAAAAACAUAUAGCAUAUAUGUGAAAUAAACAAUGAAGAUGAAGAACAACUGGAACUAGAAUAAAUGAACUAUGAAACUAAUUUACACAUACAGUAUACAAUAUAUGUUAAUAAUGUAUAUUAUGGAAUGUAAAAUAGCCUACAUUGGUAUAUGCUUUACUGUAAGUUGAAUGAAAUAUAAAUAUACUGUACAGUGAUUAUGGUACAAAUAGCUGACAGUAAUAUCUGUAAUCUGAACAUGGUAAAUAGUCAAAAUACAAUAGCAGCUAAAUAAGUAGUUUAGAUUUUCAUGCUCUGGUUUAACCUGUUUUUUGUUUUUGUUUUUCCCUCAUGCAGGAUGCAAGAAAGCAUAAUCUUUAUCAUAGGAAAAUUACACGUCUCCCUACAUUUAUAUGCAUAAGAGAUAUUUUAUGUCUUGAUUUUUAGUGCAUAGCAACAUUCUGGGACUUAAAACGAAUAUCCACAAAGAAACUUUGUGUCCAUUUUAUAAAACCAGUCAGGCAUACACAAAUGAAUAUAGUCAUAGCCAAAAGAGUUAACUGGUUUGAGUGCAUUCAUAGCCUAACAAAACCCUUUAUGUUCUCUCAGAGGUUUUUAAGCUUUUUGAGUGCAAGGACCCCCAAAUUUCAUGAUCUCUUUCAAGGUGCCCACUUCCUAAAAUAUGAAGGCAGCUGUGUGUGUUCACAUUAGAAGUACAACAUCUUGUUUGUAAAAUUAAAUAAUUGGCUUUAAUAUUGCCAUUGCAAAUAAAUAAAUAAUAUUAUUAUCUAAAAAUAUUCUAUUUGUAAACAAUUUACUUUGUAUUAAGUGGAUUUUGUUUCUUUUUUAUGUGUAAACCUGAGGAGAAACAUUUUAAAUUCUAUUUAAAUUCAUUUGCACAACAAGUAUCAUGCUGCUUUCUCCUGUGAACAAGCUAAAGGUGACAAGUUGAUUAAAGAAACUACAUAAUAAUACACCGAUUUACUAAGAUCCCAAAUAAAGUGUAUAUAAAUUAAUAACUGCAUAAAUUGCGAAUUGUUUGACACUCCCAUGUUUAAAGGUGUACUCUGUCAUUUUUUGAAUGAGUCAUCCCCUAGCGGUGUGGAUGCAGCAUCAUGCAAACAGAAUAGUUA